UGCUGAGCUGCAUUCCCACCAUUCUAAGAGCAGAGCAGGAUCCCGCCCGACGCACUGAUAGUGGUAGAACCAACGCCUCUGGAUCAGAAAAACCUGUAUUAUAAUCCAAUAGAGUUAUCACUGGAACCAUGUCCGCCGGAGGAGACUUGGGGAACCCUCUGAGGAAAUUUAAACUUGUCUUUUUAGGAGAGCAGAGCGUGGGGAAAACCUCCCUGAUCACCAGGUUUAUGUAUGACAGCUUUGACAACACAUAUCAGGCGACCAUUGGGAUUGACUUCUUAUCGAAGACCAUGUACCUGGAGGACCGAACCGUAAGAAACUCUGUAAGGUUGCAGCUCUGGGAUACCGCGGGACAGGAGCGCUUCAGGAGUCUAAUCCCCAGCUACAUACGGGAUUCCACUGUGGCGGUGGUGGUCUACGACAUUACAAAUGUCAACUCAUUCCAACAGACCUGUAAGUGGAUUGAUGACGUUCGAACAGAGCGGGGCAGUGAUGUCAUCAUCAUGUUGGUGGGCAACAAGACAGACCUGGAAGAGAAGAGGCAAAUCACUAUUGAGGAGGGUGAGCAGAGAGCCAAAGAACUGAAUGUGAUGUUCAUCGAAACCAGUGCCAAGACAGGCACCAAUGUCAAACAGCUGUUCCGGCGUGUUGCAGCAGCCUUGCCUGGGAUGGAGAGCCUGGACGAUGCGAACCCUGAAGGCAUGAUUGACAUCAAGCUGGACAAACCAGCAGAACCCACUGUCCCUGAGGGCGGGUGCUCGUGUUAAUGCAGAGCUGUCAGACAGCAUCCUUCACACCAUAGGCUUGUUGUGUUGCUUCCUACUGGUUAGCUUCCAGUUGACUUUUCUGAUUGGAUAUUGGCCUCGUAAUGUAUAUCCGAUUGGAUGAAUCAAGUGUUAUUUCAGUCUUCAGUUGUAAAAUAUUGUAUACUUUGUCAAUAUGUAAGUGCCGGAGAAGAAGAAAAAAUAACAAGUUUUAGAAAACGAAAAAAGAGAGAAAAAUGGAAUGAAACUCGAUUUCUUUUUGCCGUUAUGUUUUGUAUUUUUUUAUAUAAAAGGGAAAGCACCAAAAAUGACGCCUAUAUGGGAAAAAGAGGGCCAGUCCAUUUUCCAAGAUGGCUGCCCUGUCUGAAUGUCUGCAGCACGCAUGCACACUUAUCUCAAGCCUCUCCUCUGGCUCUCGAAUCCCCGGGGCGGCUCGACUAACUUAGAAUGUUUUAUAGCAUUAUAAUAGCAUACUCAUAACAGCAACGUGUCCCAUUUGAUAUUCCCCAAAGGAGUUAUUUUGCCAUAGGUCCCACCUUCACUCACAGUACUGUAGCUGUGAAAAUGUGUCACUCUAAAUGGCCAACUUUUAUAGGACAACUGUGCUUUGAUAAAAGAAGAAGAAGAAAAGCCAAUGGAAUUUCACAAACCCUCCCCUUUGCUCUCUCCUUUCACCCUGGUAAAACACAUAAAGACACACUGUAAUGCACUGCACUGUAUAUAAUAAUGGUAUAUGUAUGUUGUGAACGUCCCUCAGUAGAAGUGGUCCUUGUUCACCGGUAUGAAUAAUGUAAUAAUGUUUCAUGAUUAAUAAAUUAAAGAUUAAAGGGCUUCACUCUCCUAGCCAUCCACACUUACCUGGCGUAAAAUGA